AUGGGCAAACUCCCAGGGCGGCAUCUUGUUUAUUUUCUUCUAAAAGCACAUGGUGACAACAGCCCUUUUCACGGUACUGGCGGAUAUAUCGCUCACGCCUUUCCUCCUUCUCCUGGCAUCGGAGGAGAUGUACACUUUGACGAAGAUGAGACCUUCACUUUCCGCUCUAACACAGGCUACGUCCUCUUCCUGGUUGCAGCCCAUGAGUUCGGCCACUCUCUGGGUUUGUCCCACUCCAACGACCCUGGUGCUCUCAUGGCCCCUGUGUACUCGUACCAAGACCCAGACACGUUUGUUCUGCCACAAGAUGAUGUCAGAGGCAUCCAGUCACUUUAUGGUAAAAACGAGGAUCCAGUGCCUCCUGGACCAACUGCUCCCCCCACUCCUGAUGUCUGUGAUUCCUCCCUGGUCUUGGAUGCUGUUGCCACGCUACGAGGAGAGAUGUUCUUCUUCAAGAACCGGUUCUUCUGGCGUAGCUACCCGCAGAGUUACACCCUUCAGCAAACUCUCAUAACAAACUUCUGGCCCGACGGCCCUGACAGUGUUGAUGCUGCUUAUGAGAGUUACCAGUCAGACAGAGUCUUUUACUUUAAAGGUCGUCAAGUUUGGGCUUUCAGUGGCUAUGAUCUGGUACGGGAUUAUCCCAAAUCGAUUUCCAGCUUUGGUUUGCCCAAGAACAUCAAGAAAGUUGAUGCGGCCCUCAAUGACCCAGAGACUGGCAAGACUCUGUUCUUCGUUGGCAGCAAUUACUACAGCUAUGAUGAGACUACAAAGACGAUGGACUCAGGAUUCCCAAAGCGAGUUGAUGAAACCUUCUCUGGAAUGACCAGGAAGGUGACAGCAGCUUUACAGUACAGAGGUUUCACCUACCUCUACAGUGGACCCUACAUGUACGAGUUCAGCUUGAGGACGGGGCGGAUGCUGCGUCUGCUGAGAAACAGCUACUUCCUGCCCUGCACCAACUACUAGAUCAGCUUUUGAAGAAAACCAAUGAAGGUU